AUGAGACGCUUGCGGGAAGUAGCAGCAGUGGGCAAAAAACCCGUGGAUUUGCACCAUUUGCAACAGCCACCGAAUUCACCUUAUUUGGCGUCCCGUGACUUCUUUCUGUUCAAUCGACGUACCGCGAAGAGUGGAAAGGAAGGUCACAACUCCGACGGAUUUGACAUCGCCAAAUCGACGUACGUUACAGUCAAAGACGCCACUGUAACGAACCAGGACGAUUGCGUGGCUAUCAAUAAUGCGCAACAUGUCACCAUUGGCAAUUUCCACUGCAUUGGAAGUCACGGGUUCGACAUAGCAGCGGGAAUGUCAUCCGAUUACGACCAAAACGUCGUUCAGAAUGUUACCUUCUCCAACUCAAUUUUAUAUGGAGGAAUGUACGGAUUAUACAUUUUAGCAGUCAAUGAUGGAGGCAAAGGCAAAAUAGAUUACAUUAACUACAAUAAUAUUAAAAUAAACGGACCGUCCGAUUACGGUGUGAUGAUCCGACAAUAUUUCUCUAAUACACAGCAGGGAUCUACGGGACAUCCUACAGGAAAUGUUCCGAUUAGCAAUGUCGACAUUAAAGGCGUUACUGGAACAAUGAACGGACAAUACUCGUCGGCUGUAACCAUCAGUGCCAAAGCCAAGGACGAUUGCAAAAACUUUUAA